GGGAAAAGGCAGGUCUCUGCAGGCAGGAGAGUGUGAUUCAGGGCAGGGCAGAGGGAGGGAAAGAGAGAGGCCCGCCCCCUAGUAGGAAAUGAGACCGGGCUGCAGUCAGCCGGAGGCCCCAGCGUGCCAGAGCCAAGAGCCCAGGUGGGGUCGAGAACCUCAGCUACAGGAUGUUGACAACACUGCUGCCCCUGCUGCCACUACUGCUUCUGCCCCGCUGGGCCCUCUGUAGCCAGGAAGCCUCAGAUGGCCCGCGGUACCUCCACAUGAUCCAGGUCUCCUACUUCCGCAACCCCUCUCAAGUGUGGCACCGGGGCAACGCGACGCUGGGGGGAGUCCUGACGCACGUUCUGGAAGGCCCGGGCAACAACGUCUCGAUCCAACAGCUGCAGCCCUUGCAGGAGCCCGAGAGCUGGGCUCUCACAAAGAACAGCCUGAAUCGCUACCUGCAGGCGUUCCUGGGCCUGGUUCAGGUGGUGCACUACGAGCGGGGCGUGGCCUUUCCUCUGACCAUUCGCUGCUUCCUGGGAUGUGAGCUGCCUCCUGAGGGCUUGAAAGCCCGUGUCUUCUUCGAAGUGGCUGUGAAUGGGAGCUCCUUUAUGAAUUUCCAACCGAAGGCAGCCUCAUGGACAGCAGGGCCUCAGGCACCUUCCAGUGUGGUCACCUACGCCCUGGAGCAGCUCAACAAGUACAAUCGUACUCGGUACGAACUGCGGGAAUUUCUGCAGGUCACCUGUGUGCAGUACGUGCAGAAACACAUCACCGGGAACAACUCGAAAGGAAGCCAAAUAGGCCGCUCCUACACUUCGCUGGUCCUGGGCAUCCUGGUGGGUUGUUUCAUCAUCACUGGAGUGGCUGUAGGCAUCUUCUUGUACACAGGUGGACGGCGGCGGUGUUAAUUACUCUCCAGCCCUCUCUGGAAAAGAGCUAGACUGAUGGGGGCUGGCAAAGGAAGAUCUCAGCUCACUGCAAAACUGUACAGAUUCUCCAUCUGGGACAUUAUACUCCAGAAGAUUUAGAGUGGCAGCUCAUUUCUUCUCCAAGAUCUGCCCACCAAGAGUUUGAGGGAGGGGAGGGGAGGAGCCUAGGUAGACAGGGUAGUUGGUUUGCUAAGAACCUAAGAACUGGCACCUUUGCUGAAUUGGUCUGAGAAGUGAAUGCUUAUCUAUAUUUGUGGAAAACAGAUGAUGGAGUUGGGGCAACAGAGGUGGUCUGUGGCCCACCCAUCUUGCAAAGACAGAAUCACCUGAGGCGUUCAAAACACAUAACCAAAUAAAACAAGUCAUCCACAACCCAAACAACCAACAUUCAGUGCUUCCGGGUAUGUUAGACUUGGGAAGGGACACUGGUAUUAUACAAUAGAGGUAGAAAUAACCAGAGAAAUGAUGGAAGUGUGCAAUCGAAGUAAUAUGGGAGCAAGGAAUUAUUAAUUAAUCAAUUAAUAAUAACAUUAAUAAAAUUCCUUACUUAUGUAUACACCAUUAUUAUUUCCUCUACUUUGCAAAACUUUGGGGAAAGUAGCCUAUACCCUUUGCUUCUACUUCCUCCCCUCCCACUCUCUCUUCAACCCACUGCAAUCUGACUUCUCUGUAAACUGCUCUAAGAUCAUCAAUGACCUAUAAUUGUGAAACCUUCAUCUUCCAUGAUAUCUGCAACAUUUCACUUUAUGGACUAGGACUCUCUUUUUACCCCAACUUCUGAGAUAGCAUACUUCUCAUCUCUAAAAACUGUUCUGGCUGCUCAGUCAAUCCCUUUGCCUAUGUCAUCUUCCCCACUUCGCCUUUGAAAUAUUGACUUCCUUAGAAUUCCUUUUUUUGGCUCCUUUUGUUCCCCUUUAAACUGUACCCUUUCUGGUGACCUACUAACUUUCAUGACUUCAAAUACUGUCUCUAUGUGGUGGUUUCCAUGGGGAAACAAUGUCAUGGUGUCUAUGAGAGCAUGUGUUUUGUCAUAAGACAGGCUCGAGUUUUACCUCUAUGAGCCAGGCAUUUAACUUCUUCAAGUCUUAGUUUCUUCAUAAACA